AUGGACAACAUCAAUGGAUUGCCUGAUGACUUGCUCGUGAAGAUUUUAUUGUUUGUGCCAACAAAAGUUGCUGUAUCAACUGCUGUUUUGUCUAAACGAUGGGAGUUUCUUUGGAUGUUGUUGCCUAAACUCGAGUUUAUUUGUCCUUCGCAAACUCGAGUUAGGGAUUUUAUCAAUAGGAAGUUGCCAUUACACAGAGCUCCAGUCAUAGAAGUAUUACGUCUCCAUGUAGAUUGUUACUUAUAUGUUAAACCUGAAGAUGUCAAACGAUGGGUUGAAGUCGCGGUUUCUCGCUCUGUACGUGAGCUGGAGAUUGUAUACCGUACAAAGAAUAAAAACAUAAUACCGAGUAGCUUUUUAAGUUGCAAAUCGCUCGUGACCUUGAAACUCCGUUACAUGACUGUCAUGGAUGUUCCCUCAUUGGAUGAGUAUGGUGAUGGUUUUGUUUUCAACCAACUUGAACAUCUGAACCUGUGUGUGAAGAAACAUGAUUUGUUGAAUCUCCUUGGCAAAUUGCUCAAAAAUUCUCCUAAGUUACGAGUAUUAGACAUCUCGGUAGAACUGGAUAUAGAUCAUUGGGAUAACCUCAAUGGUAUGGUUUCCUGUAAUCUACCGAAUUCUGUUCCUGAAUGCUUGUUGUCGAGUCUACAAACGUUUAAGUGGUCACGAUACGUUGGGAGACCACGAGAUAGAGAUAUUGCGCUGUAUAUCUUGAAAAACGCUUGUCACUUAAAGACGGCAACAUUCUUGGCUUUAAAAACGAAUUAUGUUCCACACUCCGAGAUGAUCAUCGAGGAUUUGACACUUUCUCCCCGAGCUUCAAGUACAUGCCAACUAAGUAUAUUUGUUGAGGACUAG